UGCGUGACUGCUGACUUGUAUGGAGUUAUAGAAGAUCUAAUUCUCUUAAAUUAUUGUGACUUAUAACUUUAUAACGAUGAGGUUAUUUCGAAGGAACUAUGGACCCCUCAAGCUGGCUAUGGUGGGCAUGGUUUUUGUGAUAUUUGUGUUCAUUAUGCACAAAGAUAUUGGGAAUGGAGCAAAAGAUGACCCCUGGAUAAAAAACAUAGUUGUGAGAAAAGAUCAAAUGAUUAACAUGAUGAGGGGGGCCAUGAAAAAUUUAAAGGAUUCUAUUCCUAAACUCCAAAUUAUGGCCCCUGUACAAGAAGUAAGACCGGUAGAAGAAAAAAAGUCAUGCCUACCUGGAUAUUACACCCCAGCAGAACUUAAACCAUUUAUGGAGAGACCUCCACAGGACCCAAAUAGCCCUGGUGCUGAUGGAAAGGGAUUUAUAAAGAACAUCUGGACUGAGGAGGAGGUUGAAGAAAAAGAAAAAGGAUUUGACAAGCAUUGCUUUAAUGCAUUUGCCAGCGAUAGGAUUUCCCUUCACAGAGCCUUGGGCCCUGACACCAGACCUCUAGAGUGCAUUGAGCAGAAGUUCAAGCGCUGCCCUUCAUUGCCCACAACCAGUAUUAUAAUUGUCUUUCACAAUGAGGCUUGGUCAACUCUUCUACGUACAGUGUAUAGUGUCUUAUACACCUCGCCAGCCAUCCUACUGAAGGAGAUCAUUCUUGUAGAUGAUGCCAGUGAAGAUGAAUAUCUGAAGGAAAAGCUUGAUGACUAUGUAAAGGCAUUACAGAUUGUGAAAAUUGCAAGACAGAAAGAGAGAAAGGGAUUAAUAACAGCAAGGUUGCUGGGUGCCAGCAUUGCCACGGGUGAAGUGUUGACCUUCCUGGAUGCCCACUGUGAAUGUUUUCAUGGUUGGCUGGAACCUUUGUUGUCAAGAGUUGCAGAAGAUCACACUGCUGUUGUAAGUCCAGACAUCACAGCUAUAAACUAUAACACCUUUGAGUUUGGCAAACCGGUCCAGCAAGGUAAAAUGAACAGUCGGGGGAACUUUGACUGGAGUUUGGCAUUUAACUGGGAAGCAAUCCCUGCAGCUGACGAGAAACAGAGAAAGGAUGAAACCUAUCCCAUCAAGACUCCUACAUUUGCCGGAGGUCUGUUCUCCAUCUCCAAAGCCUACUUUGAACACAUUGGCUCCUAUGAUGAAGAAAUGGAAAUCUGGGGAGGAGAAAAUGUGGAAAUGUCUUUUAGGGUCUGGCAGUGCGGCGGGAAGCUGGAAAUCAUUCCCUGCUCUGUGGUUGGGCAUGUUUUCCGCACAAAGAGUCCCCAUACUUUCCCCAAGGGUACGCAGGUGAUCUUAAGAAACCAGGUGCGCCUGGCAGAGGUAUGGAUGGAUGACUACAAAGUCUUAUACUACCGGAGAAAUGAGCAGGCUGCAAAAAUAGCUAAAGAGAAAUCCUUUGGGGACAUUUCUAAAAGACUCAAGCUAAAAGCAGACUUGCAGUGUAAAAACUUUACAUGGUACCUUGAAAAUAUCUAUCCUGAAAUGUUUGUACCUGACCGGGAUCCUACAUAUUAUGGGGCGAUUAAAAAUGAAGGAACACAGAACUGCAUUGAUGUAGGAGAGAACAACAAUUAUGGUAGCCAGCUGCCCAUAAUGUAUCCAUGCCAUGGAAUGGGUGGCAACCAGUACUUUGAAUAUAGCACACACAAGGAGCUGCGUCACAAUUUAAAAACACAGCUAUGUUUGUGUUCCAAAUAUGAACCGGGGCCCGUGAAGUUGGUAGAUUGCCAGUACAAGGGACAAAACACAACUGUGCCAGGCAAUGAAGAAUGGGAGUUUACAAAGGACCGUUUAAUUAGAAAUGUGGGUUCCAACAUGUGUUUAACAGCACAAGGUGAUCACCCAUCAACUGCAGAAUGCAACCCUGACGACAUUGACCAACUCUGGAGUUUCAGCUAAAUGCUGUGAACAAUGGUAUCUGGUGGGUACCAACCUACCGCUAUGCCUCAAGUGCCUUUUUAAUACACUGGACCUUAGGAAAGGAUCUAUCAGUGACCAAGGUGACCUGAUUUGGAUGUUUGAUCAAAAAUGCAAAAAAAAAAAAACUCAAAUAAUUCUCCACAGAUGUACCUUAUGCAAGCAAUGGAAACCCAGAAAAACCCUAAAACCAUGAAAAACACAGGAUUUAGGUUUGCACCAAAAUGUUAGUGUCUUGAGCCAUAUGGAAAUCAUGGAUUCAAAUCUGCAGUCUGCUCACCAUCUAAUACGUUUAUUUAGAUGUUUGGUUAAACAACUACAAGUGCUGAGAGUGUUGCUGUACCCUGUUAACCAUAGAUCAACACCAGAAAAUAUAGGGUGGGUGAUACCUUUACACAAGGGGGAGCAGUCAUCAUCGUGGAUACAAGAAUCACAUAGACAGCUGUUUAAUUACAUACAUUACUGCAAACUGCAGAAGGAUCCCAUAGAUAUUUACAAGGAGAUAAAUAAGACAGCAAAUACAUGCUUCCUAAAAUACAAAAAGUCAGUAACCCAGGAAGGCUAAUAAACUAAGAAAUUGGUAAACUUAUAGAAAAUGUCUCUGGCUGGGUAGAAAACAUCCUAAAACCACAUGUCAGAAAUACACCCACAUACCUACUAAACAAGCUCACUGCCUUAGGUUCUGUACUGGAGAUAGCCAUCUUGGUCACAAUGGAUGUUGAGGCCUUGUAAACAUGCAGAGAUACAACAGCCAAAUCCAAAAAGCGAUGGCUAUACCCAGGGGCAACUUCUUCCAAUACAAGCAGGCCAAAAACAAUAACUGUGUCUCCCUUGUUGUCACAUAUAAUCCACACCCAGAGGCCUUACAUACUAUAAAAGAACUCCAAUCUCUUAUACAGCUUGAUGAAAUAUAUUCCCAGAACCUCCCCUGCUGGCAUACAGACAACUGCUGAACCUUUAAAAACUUAUUGUGCAAAGCUCCUCAAGAGACCCAGUAGAUCGUGGCACCCAGCCUGCCUGCAGCACUACAAGCAGAGUACCUAUACCUCAAGGGAUCAAUUUCCUGCAAGUCUACAUUAUCCUGUUGAUGAAGUGCCCAACUACAGAGUUAUAUGUGGGAGAUAUUAAGCAAACACAACACCAGUGAAUGACCCUCAUAGAUCCAAUAUCAACUGCAGAAAAAUGUAUCUUGCACUUUUGUGGCAUUGACCACAGCAUUUAUGAUCUUUGAGUCACAAUACUAAUGGACAACUUUAAAACACAACAGGAAUGAAAAGAGUGGGAAUACAAAUUUCUGCCGAAGUUCGACACCUGACAUUGAGCCUCAAUAGAGACAGAAGCUUCAUGUCCAUGUCAUUAAUACUGCUAAUAUCACCCUGAUACUGGCCAGGGAGGGGGAGAUCUGAGUUUUGUAUUUUGUGGACACACAUCAAAAGACUAUUUUACAUGUCUGAACACAACUACCCCAGGACUGCUGUCACCUAAAAACUAGGUGUUAAAGGGGUUGUUCACCUUUAAAUGAUUGUUUAGCAUGAUGUAGUAUAUUGUAGUGAUAUUCUGA